AUGUUCUCAGUGUCUUCAGCCCAGACUUUGAAGACAAGUGUUAUUAAACUAGAAGAGGCUCCACAACCUGCGUUUAUGUUAGAGAGAAAAAAUGAAGCUAACAUUCAAGGAAGACAAAAGGAAUCUAAUAAGCAACAUGAUAGCAACACACAAAGAAAACCAGGGUUUUUUAUUCUGCGAGGACAAUCAGGGCACUCUAACCAGCCAGGGAAACUAGGGAGUUUUAAUCAGCAAGGAAAGCCAGGAGUUUUUAAUCAGGCUGGGGGUCUGCGAGGGCAUUCAGGAGAAUCUAACCAAAAAGAUAGUUCAGAAAAUUCUAAUGAGCAAGGAAAACCAGGAUCUUCUAGUCAGCAGAGGGGUUUAGGGUCAUUUAGCCAGCAAGGAAAACUGGGAUCUUCCAGCCAGCAAGAAAAGUCAGAAUCUUUUGGCCAGCAGGGAAAGCCAGGGUCAGCUGGCCAGCAGGGUAAGCCAGGGUCAGCUAGCCAGCAAGCAGGUUCUGGGUCAUCUAGCCAGCAAGGAAAACUGGGAUCUUCCAGCCAGCAAGAAAAGUCAGAAUCUUUUGGCCAGCAAGGUGGUUUAGGCUCAGCUAGCCAGCAAGGAAAACCAGGAUCCUCUAGCCAGCAAGGGAAGCAGGGAUCAUCUAGCCAACAAAGAAAACCGAGGUCUUUUGACAAUCAAGAAGAAAGAAAAAAAGUAGGCAACCCUUUGAAUGCCAAUAUGGAAAGUCAGAUAGGGCAGGUUGGGGAGCUACGGGGUGCCCCGGGGCAGCAGUAUCGCUGUGGGGUGGCUCCAGCUCAGUCCUUCCUGAAAUGCUUCUGUAUUCUGAGGAAAAACGGAGAUUCCAGUGUGCACAUUGCCUUCAAUGGAGUCAGGCUUCUGUGGGCUGAGCCGUGA